GGGGGGAAAAUCGACAUGAAUCUGGUCAAGGGGGUGCUUGGAUUGUUGAGCGGUGGUGGCGCGGGUGGUGCGGGGACGGGCGGCGGAGGAGGAAUCGGCCAGCUGACCACGAUCCUGAAUGCUGUUCAAGGUCAAAUGGGAGGAUAUUUACCCGGAAAUGUGGCGAAGUAUUUGCCUUCAAUUCUCAAGUUGGCGGAGAUUAUUGGGCAUGGGAUGGGAGAUGAUAGUCCGAGAACUGAAAGAAAUUCAGAUGGCAGCUUUAUCGACAACUUUAUCAAGACGAUUAUCGGCGGACGGAAAAUUCAUGGUGGGGGCAAAGCAGCAGCGAAAGUGAAGCCGAUAGUUCGGGGUGGAGGUCAUGUUCCUGGGGUCGAUUAUGAUCAGUACGACGGCUCUGGUGAGGCCGGAUUUCAAGAUUAUGAACAAAUUCGGGCGCAAUGUUUGGCUGAUGGGGUCCUAUUCGAGGACCCCGAGUUUCCUGCAGAAGAAUCAAGCGUGUUCUUCUCUUCCGAGGGGAGGAGAAGUUUUGAAUGGUUGAGACCCCAUGAAAUUUGUUCCGAUCCACCAUCAUUUUUUGUCGAGGGUGCAUCGCGAUUUGAUGUCAAGCAGGGAGAACUCGGGGAUUGUUGGUUACUCGCUGCAUUGGCGAACUUGACCUUAAAUGAGCAUAUAUUUGCCCAAGUGGUUCCACAAGAUAAUUCUUUUGAUGAAGGAUAUGCCGGUAUUUUCCAUUUCCGAUUUUGGCAAUACGGCCGUUGGGUUGAUGUCGUAGUGGAUGACCGACUCCCCACAAAAGGGGGGCGUCUCAUGUUCCUCCAUUCUGAGGACAACAACGAAUUUUGGUCGGCUCUGCUGGAGAAAGCGUAUGCAAAAUUGCACGGAUCGUACGAAGCUCUUAAGGGUGGUACAACCUGCGAAGCAUUGGAGGACUUUACUGGUGGCGUGACGGAGAUGUACGAUUUGAAAACGGCCCCAAAAAAUCUGCUUGAUAUGAUUCAAAAAGCUUUCGAACGGAGCAGCUUUCUCGGGUGUUCAAUCGAGCCCGACCCCAAGAUAACGGAGGCAGAAACUUCGAUGGGUCUUAUUAGAGGUCAUGCCUAUUCGAUCACAGAUGUCAAGCUGUUGGACAUUGAGACUCCGCGAGUUAGGGGGAAGGUUCCUCUCCUUCGGAUAAAGAAUCCGUGGGGGAAUGAGGCCGAAUGGAAAGGGGGGUGGGGCGACGGCUCUAAGGAGUGGUCGUACAUUGAUGACGAGACAAAGGAAGAAAUAGGUCUGACUUUCGACGCCGAUGGGGAAUUUUGGAUGUCCUACAAGGAUUUUAUGAACUAUUUCGACCGUCUCGAAAUUUGUAAUCUCAGCCCAGAUUCAUUAGAGGAGGAAGAAGCUGGGAAAACGAAAUGGAACAUGAACAUCUUGGAAGGAGCGUGGGUCUAUGGAUCGACGGCAGGAGGGUGCAGGAAUUACAUUGAAUCAUUCCCCCAAAAUCCUCAAUACAUCAUUGACCUUGAAGACCCCGACGCGAACGAUCCCGAAGAUAAGGCGACCGUGAUUAUCGCCCUGAUGCAGAAAAAUCGACGAGCCCAACGAAAAGCUGGCAUUGAUUGUUUGACGAUUGGAUUUGCAAUUUAUCGGCUAACUGAUGACAACCAAGAAACUCCACUCCCCCAGCAAUUUUUCAAAUACAACGCAUCAGUCGCAAGGUCACCCACCUUUAUUAAUCUGAGAGAGGUUUGCAGCCGUUUCCGAUUGCCCGUUGGACGCUAUGUCAUCGUCCCUUCGACCUUUGAACCUAAUGAGGAGGGCGAAUUUAUUAUUCGAGUCUUUACCGAAGGACAGAGUGAAAUGAUGGAGGGUUAAAUUACGUCCAACAUCGAACUACUUACCCAAUCAACUCAUAACUAACAUUUUUUUAUUAACAUGUAAAAAUCCACUUCUCGUGUAAAAAUAAGUCAUUGUACUUUUAAUUGCGUCCUCUUGAAUAAAUUAACUAACAUUGAAAAG